GAAGAGUUCAAAUCGUUGGCAUACGUCUCGUUUGAGUUGAAAUAUAGACAAGUUCAGUUCGUAAGAUAAAAAGUAACGGAUUUAAAAAAUUUGAUUUGUUUCUCAUUGGCAUUUAAACAUAUUCUGCUGCUUUACAAUGGCUCUAGUUAUCUUAUUGGUUGAUCCCUUCAAUUUCCAAAGUGGACGUACUUUCCUUGAUUAUGAAACUAUGGAUGCAUGCAUUGAAGGUAUAUGCCGGAUGUAUGAACAACAUCUUGUACGUUUGUUUCCAACAACUGAAGUAUUCACUUACGAUCUGCGUGACCUUUUCAAAUUCAUGGAUGGUUUUCGAGAUUUUGCUGUUUUAUUACGCGUUGGGACUGACACCUUUUCUCCACAUAAUAAGGAAUGGAUUAAGGAUGAAAUCGUUGCCUAUAUGCGUCUCAAUGCUCAACCUACCGGUACAUCUGCCGUUAAAACUCCUAAAAAUGAAUGAAUGAUGAUCACUAGUGCCCAUCAAAAAUAUGCCUUCAGUUUUUUAUGUAAUUAUGUUCAAUUUCAA